ACUUGAAAAGUGAACACAGCAUGCUUAGAAAUAAUUCUCAAGCUAUUAUAGACCUGGAACUUAUUGCUGAUAUUAUAUUUGUGUUUUACCAUUCCUUUCGACAACUACAACAAUAACUCAGAGAAGAAAGAACAAGAAGUGAAAAGUCUAUGAAAACGAAUGGUUAGCCUAUUUGAUGGAAUUAGUCAAAUGACAUGUAAUGGUCAGAACUCGUCAAACGGCCUUCCAUUUUUUGGCCAGUCCUGUUGGGAUAAUUCUGGUUCGCUGGUUACCGUUACACCCGGAGCUACGGAAGUCAUCAAAGCUGUCUGGAUUAUUUUUGCUACCAUAGCGAUUCUGACGUUGAAUAUUCUAAUGAUUGUUGUACUUCACAGUCGAAAUCAUUCUCGCUACCUUAGGCAACAACCAAGGAUGUUCAUGACGUCAUUAGCCUGUACUGACCUCGCUGUUGGACUUUUUGUGACACCCUUCAGCGUGUUUCCUGCCCUCUACCGGUGCUGGCCUUUCGGUCGUUUUCUUUGUGCAAUGGAAGCUUUGCUCAUUUCGGCCUUGUUCCACGAAUCAACUUUAGCUUUGAUGUGUGUAGCUAUAGAUCGAUACAUCUGUAUCGUCUUCCCCUUGCAAUAUCACACGUGGAUGACUAGAAAGGUUUUAACCUCGUUCUCAUAUCACAAUAACUACACUUCAAAUAAAGUCUGCCUGCUAAUGAUUCUCAGUUCAUGGUUUUUUUCGGUAACUGCUUAUUGUAUAAUGAUUUAUCCUUCUGGUGACUAUUACUUUGACACUGAUGGGAUUCAGGUGUGUGAACCGUACUACGCCAACAAAACCAUCAUUAUUCUGGCGUGUACCUUGUUUUUCUUCCCUCCUUUAGUCAUCAUCCUGUUUUGCUAUGUCGCAAUCUUAUAUAUAGCACGCAAGCAAAUAAGGACAGUGUAUGUGGCGCCAUCUACCAUUGAUGAUAAUAUACGUCGAUGCAGCAGUGUGCAAGAGAUUCAAACGAAAGAGAAGAUUAGAAACUACCGAUCAGCAUUAACAGUGGCUGCGAUAGCUUUAGGCUUCGUGGCUGGAGUGACUCCUUGGACGAUGACGCAACUCAUUACGUCAGUUCUUGAAAGCUCGCCCUCUAGUGACUUGGAGUUUACCGUCACUUGGAUUGCUGUCAGCAACAGUUUUUGGAAUCCGAUAAUUUACGGUGUACUUAAUAAAUCGUUUAGGUCAAUAGCUUUGGAUAUCCUACGUAGAAUGUUUUGGAAGGCACAGCCUUCUUUUGAUCCAACUGCCAUGGCAACCAAUGCUCAUCUGGAAACACAUGGAAGAUAGUAUCUUUUUC